AUGGGCCUCAUGCAUAUUACUGGCCACCGCGACGGCCCACCAGCCAAAGUCGGCGUUGCAAUCACAGAUCUGACCACAGGCCUUUACACCUCCAACUCAAUCAUGGCGUCCCUACUCAGCCGAGCCAAAACAGGCCGAGGUCAACAUCUCGACGUCUGUCUAGCAGAUUGCCAAAUCGCUUCCUUGGCAAAUAUAGCAAGUUCAUGUCUCAUCAGCGGCAAACCUGACUCCGGACGUUGGGGCACUGCUCAUCCCUCGAUAGUGCCAUACAAGGGCUUCAAGACCAAGGACGGAGAUGUCAUGCUUGGUGGUGGCAACGAUAGAUUAUACGGUGUCAUGUGCGACAAGCUUGGGAAACCCGAGUGGGUCAAGGACCCGAGAUUCUUGACUAACGCUGAUCGUGUGAAGAAUCGAGAUGUGAUGGAGGAAUUGGUCGAGGGCGUGACGAGAACGAAGACGACGCAGGAAUGGCUGGAGAUUCUGGAGGGGAGCGGGAUGCCGUAUGCUGCUAUCAAUGAUGUCAAGGCUACGCUGGAGCAUGAGCAUACCAAAGCACGAGGCAUGGUGACAGAAGUCGACCAUCCAUCCUGCGGGCCUCUGAAGCUGCUCAGUCCGCCAGUCAAAUACUCCGAGUCGAAGCCAAGCAUCCGAUCUGCGCCACCAACUCUUGGCCAGCACACACAGGAAGUGUUGUCAGAAAUGCUCGGCAUGAGCGGUGCGGAUAUUGAGGCUCUGAAGCAAGAAGGAGUCGUCGCAUGA